AUGAAGACAAAUCUCGAAAAUGCACGCCCGCAGCAGCGCGAAGUCUAUUUCCUGCACGUCAACGCUUGGUCGAACAUUGCAAGAACGACCAAAGGCAAACUGAUGAAAUUCGGUUGGACCAUUUUACCACACCCACCGUAUUCACCAGACCUGGCUCCCUUGGAUUACCACCUUUUUUCCUAUCUCCAACGUCAUCUAUAUGGUCAAGACUUCCAAACCCGCGACGACAUCGAAAAGGCACUUGAGCAGUUCUUCAAGGAGCAGUCCCCAGCGUUCAAGAGCAAGGGGAUCUACGAUCUGCCUAAACGUUGGAAGACCAUCGAUGCCAAUGAGGCAUACUUCAGAUGA